AGUAGUGAAGGCAGAUAUUAAUUGAUAGAUUUGAGCACUACAUAACCCUCUCAUCGCCUCUCCCAUUCUCAUCCUAAUCUCCACCGCCUUCACCAACAUUCCCAUUCCAUCUCUCUCCCUAUCACAAUGGAAGGAUCUGGAGUCGUCACCGUCUACGGCAACGGCGCCCUCACCGAAACCGCCAAGAAAUCCUCCCCUUUCUCCGUCAAAGUCGGCCUCGCCCAAAUGCUCCGCGGCGGCGUCAUUAUGGACGUUGUCAACGCCGAACAAGCCCGCAUCGCCGAAGAAGCCGGCGCCUGCGCCGUCAUGGCUCUCGAGCGUGUCCCCGCCGACAUCCGCGCCCAAGGCGGCGUCGCUCGCAUGAGCGACCCUGAGCUCAUCAAGGAAAUCAAACAGGCCGUCACUAUCCCCGUCAUGGCCAAAGCCCGUAUCGGCCACUUCGUCGAAGCGCAGAUCCUCGAAGCUAUUGGAAUUGAUUACGUGGACGAGAGCGAGGUUCUAACCCUAGCUGAUGAAGACAACCACAUCAACAAACACAACUUCCGUAUCCCUUUCGUUUGCGGUUGUCGGAACCUCGGCGAAGCGCUCCGUCGUAUCAGAGAGGGAGCUGCCAUGAUUCGUACCAAAGGUGAAGCUGGUACGGGAAACAUUAUUGAAGCUGUUAGACAUGUUAGGUCUGUUCUCGGUGAUAUUAGGGUUCUUGCUAACAUGGAUGACGACGAGGUUUUCACUUUCUCCAAGAAAAUUGCUGCUCCUUAUGAUCUCGUUAUGCAGACGAAGCAACUCGGGAGGCUUCCGGUUGUUCAGUUUGCUGCCGGUGGUGUUGCUACUCCUGCUGAUGCGGCGUUGAUGAUGCAGCUUGGUUGUGAUGGUGUGUUUGUUGGUUCUGGUGUUUUCAAGAGUGGUGACCCGGCGAAACGUGCUAGGGCGAUUGUUCAGGCUGUUACUCAUUACAGUGAUCCUGAGGUUUUGGCUGAGGUUAGUUGUGGAUUGGGCGAAGCUAUGGUUGGGCUUAAUUUGACUGAUCAUAACGUCGAGAGGUUCGCGAAUCGGUCUGAAUGAAUGGUUUCAUCAAAUUAAGGUUCUCUUUUGCAUGGAAAUUUCUAUCUGAAAGGGUUUUAUCAUCAUCUUAUCUUACUAGUGUUUUUUAGUUGUUUCUUAUAUUUGAUUUUAAUAAGGUUAUCAUGUUUUUGCUUCUAUGUUUUUGAACUGUGUUAGAUGAAAGAAAAAAAAGAAAAAAAAAAGAAGCCAGCCUUUUGUGGCUUGUAAUAUGCUGAAUACAUGUUUUAGACAUCCAAGGUUAUUAUAGUGUUUAAACUAGUAAUGUUGAGUCUGAGGAUUCAUCAUAAACUAGAACCAUUCUUGUUGGAGUAUUGAAUUCUAUUGUUAUGUUGGAUGUACUUUUUUUUGAAUAAGUUACUAUUGGAUGUUUCUCUUUGCUCAA